ACAAAAAAAUCGCAACUACACUUUAGCAACUCGUUAACUCCUAGCCGUGACAAUGGCUAAUUCGAAACCGUAUAUUUGUUUAGCUAUCCUAAUCUUAGCCAUCCUAGUAACGGUUUCCGAGAGCCGGAUUGCGAGAAAAAACCUAAGCCUCGACUUGGGGGGUCUAGGCAUCGGUAUUGGUACUGGAAUUGGCAUUGGAUUAGGAGGUAGUGGCAGUGGUUCAGGAGCCGGUGCAGGCUCCGGCUCGGCUGGAGGGUCUAGCUCGAGUUCUAGUUCAAGCUCGAGUUCAAGUUCAAGUUCACGUGGUGGUGGUGGUGGUGGUUCGGGGUCAGAAGCAGGCUCGUCAGCGGGCUCUUCGGCUGGAUCAAGAGCCGGAUCGGGAGGCGGUGGUGGAGGUGGAUCGGGUGGUGGAGGAGGAUCUGGCCAUGGUGGAGGAUCCGGUGAGGGAAGUGGUCAUGGUGAAGGUCAAGGAUCGGGUUAUGGUGGAGGUGGUGGAAAUUGAAUCCAUGAUAAAAAUGAUCGAGUUUAAUGGUCCCAUAUAAAAAUGUUAUGUAAAAAUGUUAUGUAAUGUGUAUUGUGAUAAAUUAAUAAAUGGGGUAAGACAAAAUCCAAAUAUCUAA